UGCUGAAGUAUAAAUAAGCCAGCAUGGCGCGUCUCGAUCCUAUUUAGACUGAUGAUGGCACUCAGAAUAGCAUACACACUGCUUUUAGCUUUAAUCUGGACUGUAUUUUCCAGCUCCACACUCGGGAUUCAUCUGUUUAAGGCGAGGAUCAGAGUGAAGGGGGAAAAUGCAGAAUUUCUCAGUUUUAAAACAUCAAAUGGAAACAUGAUAAAUAACCUGAAGCUGAUCCACAAUCCCUACGGCGUAAACAUUUUUGCAGGAGGUCCUCAGGGCCUGUACAUGUUAAAACCAGGAAAACAUCCAACACUGGAGCAGGUACAUGUGCCGAUAUUUGGACCAGAAUGCCAGAGCAGCACUACUGAUUGUAAAUACACAAUCUCUUUGCUGAAAGAAGGGAGGAAUGGAAAUCCACUGUUCAUGUGUGGAUCCAAACCAGAAACGACAAUAUGCUGUGAUGUGACCUCAGAGCACGUUCCUGUGAACUGCUCCAAACUGAUGUAUCCAACACAAAUCAAUGAUUCGUCUUUGCACGUUGGCAAUUCGCUAUAUUACACAAUCUCACAUCGGAACAAUGAUGAAUUAAUUACCAGUGGCCUCUACAGAUGGACUAUGAGCAAAGCCACCUGGUCAAAGUCAAGACAAACCGAGCAGAGGUAUGUAAAAAUCUUAGCAAAUCAAGGCAAUGGAUCACUGGAUGGAAAAGUGUACACCUUCUACGUAGAACAGAACAAGAACCAGGACCCGGACAUGCCCCACUGGAUACCCCGAGUUUCUCAGAUCUGCAUGGCGGAUCGUGGUGGAAGUAAAUCUGUGCUGCAGUACCGCUGGACGUCCAUGCUCACCGCACGCCUGUUUUGCGGAGAUGAGAAGAAGCGGCUCUCGUAUACAGAGCUGCUGGACGUUGCUGUGCUGGAAGCUGUGGAAUGGAAAAACACCAUGAUUUACGCCCUCUUCAAAAAUGCCUACAACUUGCGAGCAGUGUGUGUUUACAAAAUGUCCGACAUCAUUCGCGUCUUCACGAGCAACAAUUUCAAAACUGGCACUGAGUCUUUCUCUUCACCACGUCCUGGAGAGUGCGUAGAAAACAGUCCUACGUUACCAUCAAACAUUCUGAAGUUUAUGGAAAGUCAUCCUGAGUUGGAGCAGUGGAUUAAGCCUGCACAGGCCCCUCUGUUGUUCAACCAUUAUCACUACACACAUCUGCAGGUGGACAGAGUGCAGAGCAAGAAAUCAGGAAAUAGCCAUCAUAAUGUCCUCCUCAUGAGUCUAGACAAUGGCAAUGUCCAUAAAAUCCUGGAACAGGAUGGUGCCCCCUUCAUCAUCGCAGAGUACGAGCCCUUUAAAACCCGGACACACAUCUCCAGCAUGCUGCUUGACAGUAAAGCAAAAAAGCUGUUGGUGAGCUCCAGCAGUGAGGUGGUCCAGAUCGACCUGCACAACUGCAGAGUGUAUGGGAACCACUGUGACACAUGUGUGAUGGCCCGAGACCCAUACUGUGGCUGGGACUGGACGAGGUGUUCAGCUGACACUGGAUCCUUAAUACAAGAUGUGACCCAUGGAAACCACUCUAUAUGUGAAAAAAAUGUCCCCAAAACCAGUGAGUCCCGGACGCAUAGCAAGAGUGACUCUCCUAGCAGCGUCCCUCAAGCCUCCAAAUUCUUCCUUACAUGUCCCAUGGAAUCCCAGCAUGCCUCAUAUGCGUGGAUCCACCAGGGCAGGACAAUUGAGUGUGUCUUAGCUGAACAGGACUGCCUUUUGUUGAUCGACAGCAUGAGCGAAAAGGAUGAGGGCGUUUAUAAAUGUGUCGCCUCAGAGAACGGCUACAACAGGGCAAUCGUCCAUCAGAAGCUGCAGAUGAACGCCGCCUCGGAGACCAGAAUGACAAACGUAGCUUUGUUGUGCCUUCUGUUCCUGAUCUUUGUGAUCUAGCACUAUCUGGAUGUUGAAUUUAUGUAGCACCUUUCUCAUAAUGAAGUUUGAUUUAGAGUUUUGGGGGCCUCACACUCGUUAGUCGAUGAACCCAGUCACAAAGUUUUCUAAGUACAAUAACCACCCCUCACUCAUACACAUAAACCCUGAAUAAUAAUGUGCCAACGGAAGAGACAUAAUAAGACAAGACCACAGCCAGUGAGAUCAUGUUCAUUUUCCUGUGUUCACCGGAGUUACCACAUCAUCCCACCUUUGUUGAACUAAGGUUUCAUGACUUGACUCAUGAGUCCAGAGUGUGACUGAUGCAACAAUACCAUUUCUACAUGUGACUGCUCCAUUACUGCAUCAGUGAGUUUCCACAACCUUGCAGCUCUUCAGAGGAACACAACAUUUUACACCACCACAAACUGUGAAGUUACAUGAUGCUUUUAUGUAAAGAUGGUUAACAUGCACUGAGAAAUAUAUUUUAACAAAAGUAUUGUAAAUUAUUAGGAAUUUUUUUCUGUCACCUAAUUUAUGAUGUCCUUGAUUUGUCUUAUAUAACUUCUUGCUUUUUGGAUGCAUGUUUAUAAUAGAAUUUAUCUGAAAUUAACUCAAGAAUAAAAUCGCUAUUUUACUAAGA